CGAUCUAUGUUCGGUCCCCCCGAUCGAUCGAGAGAGGUUUGAGGUUAUUCUCGCGCAUUCGUCUCUCGAUUUCUUCGGCGCCGAAUCCGAUUGCUCGUGAGAUUUUUCUUUCUGGGCUGCUUCCGCCCUGUGGCCGCCCAAAUCCAUGAUCGUGCGACCUCUAUGGACCACUCCCAAGCUCACAUCACUCCCAUCGAACAACAACAAGAAGACGAGUGGGACAAUGAUGGCUUUGUAAUUCCAAGCUUGGGUAUAGAUGAACUAGAUUUAGGUGGAGGUAAUGCUCCAGAGGUAGAUACUCCAUCACCUUCUUCUCCAAAGGCAAAAAAGGAAGAGACCAUCUACCUGGGACCACACGGCGCCCCUCCGUCGCAAUCUAAGAUACAGACACUGAACUCCUCUGGCCGCAAGCAGCGUCUCAAGCAAAAAUUGAAGGAAGCAGAUAAAAGAACUAUUGGCUCUGGGAGGGAGAAUAAAUUAGAGAACAUAAGGGAGCUUGUCGGUGGUGGAAAAGCAAGUUCCAAUAUGUCAAAGGGUUCCUCUAGGGAUUGGCUGGAUCCACACUGUCAGGAGUCCCAGUUUGAGAAGUGGUGUCCUCAAUGAGAGUAAAGGUUCCGACAGCUGAAGACAUUUUGCUAAAGUAUUGAAUGGUGGCGACCUCCGUUAUGAGGCUUGAUGCCUGUGGAGACUUUAUAUGCUUCAAAGCAAUGUACUAUGACACUAGUCUGCUGGCUCGACCUUUUUGUACUGUUAUCAUAAGAGCACCUGCCAUAAUUAGCUUACUUGUGCACUUAUCAAGCAAAAAUAAGAGCUUAUGUUUUACAAGUCA